AUGGCUGAUAAUUUUUCUAUGGAAGGUAGCAAGGUUGCUGGCGCAGACGCUGAACUACAAGAAUUUCUCUUAACUGAAAAGCAGAGAGCACAAUUUCAAGCUCAGAUACGUGAAUUCAACGACAUUUGUUGGGAAAAAUGUGUUGAUAAACCAGGAGUCAAAUUGGAUAAUCGAACAGAAACAUGUUUAAGCAAUUGCGUUGAUAGGUUUAUAGAUGUUUCACUUUUAAUUACAAAUCGGUUUGGACAACUUUUGCAAAAAGCUGUAGGAAACAUGUAA